AUGAGCGAGAGUGCAGCCGCCGAAACGGCUCCUACAGCCUCCGCCAGCACCAAACCCAAGGCUCCCAAGAAGAAGAAGGCGGCGGCCCCCAGGAAAAAACCAGCCGGUCCCGGGUUGGGCGAGCGGAUUGUGAAGAUUGUCGGGGAGAACAGCGAUCGGAAGGGGACGUCUCUGGCCGCUAUAAAGAAGGCGCUGCAGAGAAGCGGGGUCAAUGUGGAGAAGCAGAAUGCACAGAUCAGGAUGGCUACCAAGAGGUGCCUGGCGAAAGGCUCCCUGGUUCUGGUGAAGGGCCAGGGCGUCUCCGGCUCCUUCAAACUCCCAAAGAAUCAGGUCAAGGCAAAAGUGGGAAAGAAGGCGAGACCCGCAGCAGCCGCCAAGAAAGCAGCCGUGAAGAAAACAACGGCCAAGAAGGUGGCAGCGAAGAAAUCCCCAGCCAAGAAAGCAACAGGAAAGAAAGCGGCCGGCAAGAAGGCAGCAACGCCAAAGAAAGCGGCGAAGAAAGCAGCGCCUCAGAAAAAGACUCCCGUGAAGAAGGUGAAAAAGACCAAGAGCCCCAAGGCCGCAAAACCGGCCCCGAAAUCGGCAAAAUACUUGAAACCAGUUGAUGCAAUAUUUCCUCAGUACAAAGCCGAGUGUGCGCAGUUGCUUCCAACUAACAGCAGGCACGUUCCUGUGAUCAGAAUGGAGAAUAUCUUUCCCGUAGUCAGAGCGGAUUGAAUCAGACUUACAUUGAGCUCAAUUUCCAGAGACUUGACCGAGGAAACAACCACCCAAUCCCAACUGAGAAAAGUACAACACCGUGCUCAGUGGCAUCAUCAGUGGAGCCUCCAAUGAGUCAAUGUCAUUCCACUCUUGAGUUGAAUUUAUACUGUUAUGGUCCAUUAUGAGACGGAUGGACAUGUUGCAUUUCAUUUGGCCACGAAGAUUGUUUUGCCAAGAUGUCAACGUCAGGCCAAAUGAAAAGUAGGACAACAUGGAGAGUGACAUAAAUUGAGGACUCAAGGGCAGAGUCAUUAAUUAGCUCAGAGAAAGGGUGUUUCAGGUCGGUGAAUUUUUCUUGUGCCUCUGUCUGGCUGUUUUUCUCCAUUCGGUUUGCUCACUUCCUCUCUCCAUCUCACUCUCUCCCACUCUCUCUCCCUCUUUCUUGCACUCUUGUCUCUCUCUCAUUCUUUCUGUCUCAGUGCCUCCCCCUCUCUGUCUCUUUCAUUUACUGACUACCUCACACACAUUUUCCGUCUGUCUCACUCUUUGUCCUACGUCUUGCUCAUUUCCUCUCUGUGUCUCUCACUCACUGUCAUUCUCCCUCUUUCUGUAUCUCUCAUUGUUUGUGUUGAACUCUCUUUCUCUGUCACCAUUCCUCUUGCUCUUUCUCCCUCUCUGUCAUGUUUCUCUAUCAAUCUCUCUCUCCUUGUCUCCGCCUCUGUGUGUCUCUCUGUGUCUACUGUCUGACUCGCUGUCUCUCUUUCUGUCUCUCACAGUAACGCUCUCCUCUCUCUCUCUCUCACCGUCUUUCUCACUAUUGCUCUCUCAUUGUCUCUCUGUCUCUCAUUCUUUCCCUCUCUAUGUCUGUCUCACUGUCUCUCUGACUCUUUCUUUCUGUCUCGCCCUGCCUCAAACUCUCUUUCUCUCACGAUCUUUCUUCCGCAUAGUGUGUCUCUCAUACUACCUAUUUCUCACUCACUGACUCCCUCUCUCUCUCACACAUUUCUCUCUCUCUCUCUCUCUCUCUCUCUCUCUCUCUGUUUGUCUCUCACAGACACAUCAUUCUCUCUGUCUCAAUCGCUGUCUCCCUCUCUUCCUCUCACACUUUGUUUCUACCUGUCUGUCUCUGUCUCUCACACACACACUGUUUCUUUCACCAUUUGUCUCCCUACUCUGUCUCUCUCAAUGCCUCUCUGUGUGUCUUUGUCUUGCAUUUUUUUUUUAUUUUUGCUCUUUCUCUGUCUAUCUCUCUGACUCACUCUGUGUAUCAGCCUGUCUCCUCCUUACUGUCUCCCUCUCUUUCUGAAGCAGCUUGCUGAAUUCAUGGCAUUAUAUUUCUAAAUACCUGGUUUGACAAGGUCAUGUCAAAUGCCUGCAGGUCAAGAAACAGCAGCUCAGUGACGAUGUAAUAAAGUCUGAACUCUGCAGGCCAGUGUCUCAAUCAGGGGGUGAUUAUCUGGCAAUUGUGUUCCAGGAGGCAGAAGCGUAAGCUUGGUCCUGCACUUUGGAUUCUGUCUGCACUCAGAGAUAGUACAAUGUCUGGAUGAGAGUGCAGGGAGUCAGACAGAAACCCCGCAGUAGCAGUGGAGAAAGCUCAGCUUUUUUGUUUUGGUGUAUUUGCUGGCUAAAUCAACCGUGAAUUAUCCAGCACAAAUUGUCUUCAAAAUUAUUAAAGUAAACCCUCGAAACUGAGCAGGUCUGGCACCAUCUGUAAGAAGAAAACAGAUUUCCUGCUUCGAGUCUGGUGACUCUUCAUCACAACUGACAGCAGUCAGGAAUAAAUGGUAUUUAUCCUGGAGACUGGAUUUGGGGUGGUAUGGUGGAGAAGGGGAGGGGUGAGAAGUGGUGCUGAUAGAGUCCAAAGAGAGCGCGAUAGAGAGAGAUGUAUGAAAAUAUUUGCUUUUAAGAGUGAUUUCUUCUGCUUGGUUUCUCUUCACGAGGGGGUUGUGAAAGAGGUGCUGAGGUGUCUGCUCCAUGACAUGCAGACGAAGUAUUUUUUUUGUGUGUAAAGUAAAUGAAAGAAGCAUCCUCAAUGCAGCCUCUGAUGAAGUGUCGGUUUUCCUGCCUGGCUUUUAAACUCUGGGGUCUGUUGUGAUGGAUCGCCUCACAUCCAGGUUUCUUCUGCAGCGGAAUGCAUGUGGGAUCGAGUUCAGUGUGUUUAUUCACAGCCUGCUUUGUGGAGUGCCAUGCUUCCAGGAAUUCUGGCGCUUGCCUCUGCCUGGCCUGUCCCAGGAUCUUGAUGUUGUCCCAGUCGAAGUUGUGGUUCUCCUUGUCCGUGUGGAUUGAGAUGAGUGAGUACUGGUCGUGCCUUUUGUAGCCAGUUGGUGUUCAUGCACUCUUGUUAUUAGUUUCCUUCCUGUUUGUCUGAUGUAGUGUUUCACGCUGUCUCUGCAGGGGAUCUUGUAGAUGACACUGGUCCUGUCCAUGGCAGGGAGUGGGCCUUUAGUUCGGGUGAGCACAUGCAUGAUGUGGGGAGCUGCUGUAGUUUGCAGCGGGGCAUUGACAGCAGGUCAGCAAUUCAUACUGGGAACUCGAAAAUAAACACAAAGAUCUGCACUUGACGUAAUGUGUCACACAUCAGCAAAUGUGCCUCCGUGGCUUGGUGGCGUUCACAAUAUUAAUACGGACGUGACGCUCUCAGUCUUGUGAGGGACACAGGAGCCAAAGUAUUCAGCCAGUCCUUCAGCAGAGCCAGUUGUAGCCUGUGUACUUGUGUAUAUAAUGAGGUGUCUAAUUCCAGAACUCAUCAAACAUUGAUGCGUUCAGAUCUGUGGAGUUGGGAGAAGCCUCCCUGCCCCGUUCCCUGCCACCACAAUCUCAUGCUUUAAUUUUACUUGCAAAAUGGAAAUCAAGUCCAAAUUCGCUGACAAUUGCACAGUGCUUUAAAUCACGCUCAUUAUUACAUGGGAAGAGCCUGAAAACCCUGUGGAGCGCCCUGUCAGAAAAAGAAGGACCCGAAGGAGGGAUGGCUAUUUGAAGUGCGGGUUUUAUUGUUUUUAUUUUUAUGUUUUAUUGUUUUUUAUUGUUCGGAAAGUUCAGCACGAAUCGGUGCCGGUGGUUUUGAAUCUCUCAGGUAUUCAGUUACCAACGUGGUGUCCAGAACAUUUCCCUAACAUUUAUAACGAAUUGAUCAAGAUAUUGUUCAAUGAAGAGGUUUACACAAUCAGAGAGAAAGAAAGUAACAGAGAAUGUAGACGAUUGAUCGGAGAUGCUGCAGACACAUGCGGUUCACCGUUCCUGCAUGAAUAGGAUAGACAAUGAUGCGACAAGUGAUCAAUUAACUCAACUAACUUCACACUUUAAAGGGAUAUUAGACAGACUAAAUGAUCAUAUUGAAGUUUAUGGUCAGGUCAGAACAUUAAAUAAAAUGGAUGUGAUUUCAGGUGAUUAACAAAAGCGAAGACUGAAAAUCCGUGUUUUGGCAGGAAUGGAAUGGGUUCGGGAUACAUUUGAUGUGUACAGGUGACAAACCAUUAAAUGUUACAACAGUUGGAAUUUUUUGGGUGAUCCAAAGUACAACCUGUAUGAGAGUUAGGGAGGUUUCCUUAUGCAGGAGAACAAGGGGACACUUUGUAGGGACACCCAUUACAGAAUCCCAAUAGAUUGAUAAAAUUAUUAUUUGUCCCAAAUCAAUGUGCACAACGGACAAACCAGAUGUAGUUUCAAUUCCAGCGGUAAUUAGACUUUUGACUGUACCCUUGAAGGUUCACAUAUCACUGGAGAGAGGGAAAAAAAAUGUGGAGUUGAAUAUACAGGUGAGGGAAUUAAAUGUAUGUCAGAAGGCUUAAUAGAUAAUUUUUUUCAUAACAUGUCUUGUCCCAUCACUGAGUCGACAUUUUGAAUUGACUCUCAAAUGCUCAUGUGCCAAGGAAUAAUGGAAUUGGUGAACAAGAAAAAAUAAUUUAUUAUUUUUGUCGACACUGACUUCUGUAGAGAAAUGAUUAUAUCUUCUCACAAUUCGCAAAACUAUGCGGUCCAGAAGCCCCACAUGAAAGGAACAUUUGAAAUAAAUAAAAGAGACUUUCACACAGGCAUACAGAUGACAUGUUAAAUUUCAGUCUGAUGCUCACUGAAUCAAGAAAGAUCUGUCAAAAAAUGCAGUAAUGUUCUUGGUGCAAUGGCAUCUGGAAUUGGGGAGGUAAUAUAUGUACGGUCAGAAGGUUUUGUGUUUUCUCUCAUUUGUUUUGUGGAUUUGAUGUAUAUUUCUGUCACGUUUCAACGUUGACGUCAGCAACAUGUGCAGCACUUGAAAUGGGAAUUAGUUCUGUUCAGAAGUUUUAAUUUUAUAACUAGGAAUUUGUCUUAUUUCACAGUAAUAGUUUAUUAUCUUUUUUGACAUGAUUAUUCAUCUGUUUACCUUCUGACCAUGUUUAUUACUUUAUUACUGCAUUUGUGUUUUAUUUAUCAAUCACUUUUCUCUAAUUAAUUGAUUCAUUACAGUUCAUGUAUAUCAGUAACAGAUAAUGAAAAGGUGCACUUUCAAAAUGUACAUAGUGUAGUAAAUCAACUCAGAAAUAAACCAAGAUACCGUGAAAUGUCCAGUUAUACUCAAAUUUAUUUAUCCUAUUUAAACCGUGAGUAAAUAGUAGCGCCUGUAAUACUACAAAAUUCAGAGACGUACUAAGAGUUUAUGGAUUGAACUACUUGUCUGGAAUAACCAGUAAAGGAUCAAAGACAGGAAAUUGCACUGGCGAUUAAGAAUACUUGUCUGGAAUAACCAGUAAAGGAUCAAAGACAGGAAAUUGCACUGGCGAUUAAGAAUAAUUAUCAUACCUUGCAAAUAAUGAGUACAAGAUAUGUGAGCAAAAUUACCUCGACACUUGCUUGAUAACUGGUAGCCUUAUGCAACAAGAACAAAUGAUUGCCCUGAAGCAAAAAAUAAGGAGUUACUCGCAAGAAGCUGUGAUUCAGCAUACAGUCUUAUUCCGAAUGUGACCUGAAGUGAGAACGACAGCUCUUGACGUCAGGCUGCGUUCCACUGAGAGUGGCGUCAAGAAGCUCUGGCAAAACUGAAUCAAUGGGUUAACAGGGUGUAAACUCUCCGCUAGUCAGAAUAUUUGCUGGUAAAUCGGAAGUUGACUGAGGCUGGUUUAAAUCAGUCAUUUCAGCUCCAGGGAAUUUCUGCUGGAGUUCCUCAGGGUAGUGCCCUGUAUCUUCAGCGGCUUUAUCAAUGGCCUUCCCUCCAUUACAAGUGGGGAUGCUCACCAACGACUGCACAAUGUUCAGCCCCAUUCAUGACGCCUGAGAUACUAAAGCAGUCCAUGUUCAAAUGCAACAAGUUUUGGGCAACAUGCAGGCUUGGGCUGACAAGUGGCAAUUUAUCUUCACACAACACAAAGGAUAAGCAAUGACUAUCAUCAAUAAGAGAAUAUUUCAGUAUCACUGGUUGAUAUUCAGCGAUGUUACUGUCACUGAAUCACCUAUUAUCGACACCUUGGUGUUCACCAUUGAACAGAAACUGAACUGAAAUUGCCAUAUGAAUAGGACGGCCACACAAUUCCCAUGAGUGGUUUGGAAUACUGUGACCAUGAAAUCACCCCCUGACUCCUCAAUCCCUCUCCAGAAACUGCAAUGCACAAGUUACCAGUCAGAUGGGGAACCCUUCUCUUUUCCGGGUACAGCUCCAACGGCACUCAGGAAGUGAGACAGCAUUCAGGACAAAGCUUCUGUUUAACUGGCACGACAUCCACAUGCAGCCCCGGCCUCCCCCACCAACACUGAGUCACAGUACUGAAUACCAUCUACAAGAUGCACUUCAGAAAUUCACCAAAGAUCCUCAGCGAGCAUAUUCCAAACCCACGACCAUUUUCACAUUUGUGGGACAAGGGCAGCAAAUGCAAUCGAACACCACCAUCUUCAAGUUCCUCCCCAAGCCACUCAGCAUCCUGACGUGGAAAUAUUUCACGAUCUUUCGCGUUCACUGCAUCAGAAUCCUGGAAUGCCCUUCCCAAUGCCAUUGUGGGGAGAGCAGCUGCUCAAGAAGGUAGCACACCAUCACUUUACCAAGGGCAGCUUGGGAUGGGUCACAAAUAGAUAAUGCACACAUACUACAAAUAAAUAAAAGUGUAAAGGAGAUGGGGCAUUUCAUCUGAUGAGGUAGUAAAUUGCAGAUUUAUGAAGACUGAAAUAGUAAUUAAUAGUUUGAACGAAAUACUCAACAUGACCGUCAAUAACAUACCUCCACAAACCUGAAGGACAGAAAUCUGUGUCAUAGUUCAAUCCAGAGCUUUUUGACAGGAGAACCCUGGAGAACAACACUUCACAAGCAUCUAUCUAUGGGCACUAAGAGACAGACACUGUUGGUUGGAAUCAUAGCGAAUAUUCACUAUGAAUUAGUUCAAAGCCACAUUGGGUUGUGAGGCCUAACUUGGUGACUUGAGUAGCCUCAACUUUGUUGCGAUAUGCAAUAGAAUUUAAGUUAAUUGUCUCAGUAAUUGUGUGUGAAAUUUCUUAAUAUACAGCCAAACUAAGGACAGAUUGUGGUAAAUUUCUAAAGCAACUCUUUUCAAGGUAAACCUGUCAUAAUUGGGACCAGGUCGAGCACUUGAACUACGAAGGCCGUGAGGGGUUAUUGACCUUGCCCAAUCAGGACAGCAUUGUCUGGCCAAAAUAACCAGACGAUUAGAAUCUCGAGAAUUGUCUCCGGGCUGGCCAAAAGUGUGCUCUAGUAAAUGAAGGGUGCCUGAUGAUGGAACCCAGCCUCUGUGCUGUUUUUUUUUUCAAAAGAGUUAAGGGAAAAGGACAAAGUGUUGUACGAGCGUUGAAAACAAUUGGCUAUAUCUGUGAUUAGCACAGGCAUGCUGUUUGCUGGGAGAGAGGGGAUAAUACUUAAUAACGGAACAAAAACAAAGUUGGUGGAAAACCUCAACAGAUCUGGCAACAUCUGGAAAGGAAAAAAAGAUAACAUUUUUGGGUCCGGUGACCCUUCCUCAUUUUGAUACCAUGCUGCCUCGUGGCACAAAGUUUUAAAAAAAAUCUGUAGAAGGAAAAUCCUGAGGUAAAGGGGUUAAUUUCAGCAAAAGCUGUGCUUCAAACACACACUUCAUGCCGAAUGUAAAAUAAAACAGGGGAGCUACUUCUGACGUGAACGCAGGUGCCAGACUUGCUGUCCCAUCUGGAGACAUCAGAAAAGUGGACGGAAUUUUGAAGGGAUCAUUAUCAUAAACCAUAAAGUUUCAC